AUGAUUGUGCAUCAACUCUAUGAGAUAGACGACAAAUUUGGCAUGGUGAAAGCCAACAACGGGCCCAGGACCACAAAUGGACUUGCGCAGAAUUUCGGGAAUGGAGAAGCGAUGAGUAAUGGCAACCACCUCCAAACGUCUCGGAACCUGGAUGAAGCCGGUCCUUCGACAUCACGCUCAACCUCCACUUCAGGCACCGGUUCCACAUCGGUCUCGUCCGCCUGUUCAACUCCACAAGAUCCAGAUUUGCCGCUGGAAAUGUCCAAGCUCAACCUCGGCGGAGAGCUCAUUCUCGUGCCCACCGUUCUCGUCAUUAGCGAAGGCGCUUUCCGGUCGAUCAUCAACCAUGAGACCUUCAUGAAAUUGCCUGAAGCUGCCAAAAAGCACUUGAUGACUUUUUUACCUCAAUCCGAACGACCGGAAGACAACGAGGAAACGCUGAAGAAAGUAUUCACAAAAAGCCCACGUUUCAAUUUCGGCAAUCCUGUGGGGAAAUUCCACGCCAAGUUGAAAGGUGGUCACUUUGGCACCGAGCGUCCCUCGGAACGCGUUCAACUGAAAGAUGAUCAACGCGUGCUCUACGAUCACUAUAUUCGCUUCUACCACAUAAAUUUGCUGAAAAAGUUGCUCGUUUCGAGACAUGCUCUCUUGCAACACUUCAUUUCAACUCCGACUUGGGAGGAUCCGGGACCUGUUCCAGUGGACCCUGUGGCUCUACGAAAAAGGGAUCAAUACGCAAGGAUCCAGGCUCGAGCAGCAAAGAGGUCCAGAUUAAUGCUUGGAGAUUGUCGAGCGCGUGUCGGCGAGACUGGGGUUUCUUCGGACGAGGAGCCCGACGAAGAUGUGCUCGCCGCACCAACGAAAAUAAUCGCCACGCCAGCUGGUAGAAGUACUCUAUACGCGGCUCAUCAUCGAGACAUGGACCUCUACCAACCGCUCUACAUCGACGACGUGAAAACGAUGCAGAAGAAAUUCAAGAAGCUUCGAAAGGCUCAACCGCACACACCGUCACUUGAUAUCACCGGGAUCCACCUCGACGAUGUGCUCGAACGAUCUGGGGUGCAAUCAGUCUCCGAACGAAUCCGCCAAACAAAAGAGACUUUGGAAAACAUGAGC